CAUCACAAUUGCUUCAAGAGUAAUUCCUCAUACCCUACAUGAGGUCGAGACUCGAGUGCCAAUACAUUAUUGCAUAGUUGCAUCUUAGUCCAGAGAAUUUAUGGAUCACGAAGCAUAUAAUAGACCAAUCAGAUGCUGCAAAAAGCUUUACCCUUCCUCACUUCACUACACAACUUUCUUUCAGCUCUCCGACUUUUCGGGAACAUUCGCGUAAUCAGGACCAUCGGAUGAGCAUCGUAGGGUGGGGGAUUGCAGAAAUGGGUUGUAGAAGUCGACGAGAAUGGGGGGUUGAGUUGGAAGGUGUUCUUCGUUAACGUAGAGGAGACUGGAGAGCAUGCAGGCGAUGAGGUGAAGCUACCCAAUGCGUGGAGUUAUCGAUAGACUGAAUGAAGAUGGAGGGCCCGAUCUCGGACUUGUCAUGGCUUAUCCUCCCGAAGAAUUGGCCCUUCGAGAUUCUGGCUUCUUUGUUCCAAACUCGGACACCCCUUGGAUUGAAUGGGCAGGAAGAAGAUUCCACAUUGGGAAUAUCAAUGGAGCGAACGUAAUUUAUGUGAUGACUGGAAAGCAAACAACAAGACAAAUGCAUCUCUGACCGUGCAAUUCCUUCUGGACCAAUUUGUUUAACAAAUGGAGUACCCUGCAUUGUUUUCCAUGGAGUUUCGGGUUUGGCUGGAAGGAAUGGACUGCUUUCUUCACCUAAUUUCAGUUCAUUAGCUUCUGUGAAUGCCUUGACUGUCGCUGCUGAGUUUAUUCACUCAAUCAACGAAGAAAGUCUAGUUAUGACUAGAGGGAUAUGACAUUUGAUCUUAAUUCU